AUGCUGUCCACUGCAUCCGUUCGUGUCAACUGGCCCCUUUCCAGACAAUCCAUCAAAAAGUUUUCCACGUUCUCCCCACUCUUUGCACCAAAAAAUAAAAAAGACAUUGAAGCAAAGAAACUGUUAGAGAAAAGACAAGAACGUAGAAAUGCACUGAAGAAAUUAGCUGCAAAGAAGGCACCAAACACAAAUCCGCUAUUUAUGAAUAUCCCACAAGCCUUAAGAUACCUGAGAGCUGCUGAGGUUGGUAGACCUUUGAAUGAAGCAUCGAUCACUAUACAAACUCCAAUUUUAAAGGACCGUGGUGUCGCCCCAAUACAAGGUGCUGUGAGAUUACCAAAGCCAUUGAAGGAAACCAAGAUCUUAUGUAUUACAAAUGAUGAGGCGAAGAUUCAACAAGCCUUGGAUAAUGGUGCAGCUCACGCCGGCGAUGCAAAGCUUGUUGAUGAAAUUGCCAAUGGUAGCUUGGCGGUUGAACAGUUUGAUAAAGUUCUAGCAACCCCAGAAAUAGAACCCCUAUUAAGGAAAGUAAGUAAAAUAUUAGGUCCAAAGGGUUUGAUGCCAAAUGUCAAGAGAGGUACCAUUUCCGAAGAUCUCAAUAAUUUGAUAUUAUCCACCUUAGGUACCCAACCAUUCAGAGAAAGAAACAACUAUAUUUCCCUAACCGUUGGUAAAUGCAACUUCUCGGAUUUUGAAAUCUUGAACAACAUAUCUGCAACUUCAAAUGCUUUAAAGGAAAGCAUCAAAAAUACUAAAUCGAAGAAACCAAUCAUUACCGGCCAGACAAUCUUGAGUUCUACUCAUGGUCCUGGUAUAGUCAUCAACUUCUAG